UAGUCUCCCCAAGCAGACGUCGACAAUUCCUUCAAUCUUCGCGCCUUGGCAGGUCCAGAAUAUCCUUGUCUGACGGAGUUUGGCGUCUGUAGAGUCAGAAGCCUCUAGACUCAGGUUAUAAGAACAUUCGCUACGGUGGCAUCGCACGUCGGCUGAGUCGGUGAACGACAGCCACUCGACGAGUCCUACGAGUACCCAUCCGCUGCCGCCGUCGCAAUGGCAGAGCGCACCGGCACUAUCCCAUUCACGUACGAGCAAGACACAUAUCAGACGUGGUACAAAGUCGUCGGAAACCUCACUUCCGGCGUACGCCCUAUCAUCACACUGCACGGCGGGCCCGGCUUUUCUCAUCACUACCUGCUACCGUUUGUCGAGCUCACCAAAUCCAGCGGCAUUCCGGUCAUAUUCUACGACCAGAUCGGUAUCGGUGGGUCGUCACACCCCGCCGACAAGCCGAAGGAAUUCUGGACCGUGGAUCUCUUCAUGGACGAGCUCGACAAUCUCCUCUCCCACUUCGGUAUCGGCGACAACUUCGACCUCUUCGGACACUCGUGGGGCGGCAUGCUUGCCCUGCAUUACGCAUCGCAUCGCCACCCCACAGGCUUGAAACACAUCGUCGCUGCGAGCGCCACCCCGUCGAUGGAGCUGUGGGUGGAGGGCGUCUAUAAGCUGCGCGAGCAGUUGCCGCCCGACGUACUGGCGGUGUUGAAGCAGCAUGAGGCAGCAGGGACGACGGACAGCAAGGAGUACCAGGACGCAAUCAUGGUCUUCUACAAAAAGCACCUCUGCACCCUGAAUCCGUGGCCCAAGGAGCUGCUGCAGUCAUUUGCCGCCAUGGAGGAGGACCCUACUGUAUACACGACGAUGAACGGGCCGUCUGAAAUGUGUGUCAACGGAACGCUGCGGACCUGGUCGUGCGUUGAUCAGCUGCACACCAUCCGCUCCCCGACGCUGCUCACCAAUGGGCGCAUGGACGAAGCGCACGACGCGAGCGUCGCACCCAUUUUCAACAAGGUGAAUCGCGUCAAGUGGAUCCAGUUCGCCAACAGCAGCCACGUCGCGUUCCUCGAGGAGCCCCAGCGAUACUUUUCCACCGUGUCCGACUUCUUGCUCGAUAAGUAGAGGCGUGACGGACAACUUGAAUGUGCUGGUUGGUAGUGCAAGGAGUGUCCUAUUCGUCUCGAUCUGCUUCGUGUGAAAGCGGUGUCGUGUGUGAUAUAUUUCGUAGUCGUCGAAGUCGGAUGCUCCUUAGCAGCAGAUAUUGGACAAGAAAUUGCGCCUUAUUGUAGAGUCGAGCUGGGUGCCGCCUGUUAGUACGAGUGUAUAUGCCCUUACUACCAAGGGAGCAAAGACGAACUCUGGCCCCUAGCGCCGUCAUUGGCAGCUAUCAGACUGAGUUGACUCCC